AUUCAAUAAGGAACUGAAAUUUUACUAUACAAUAAUUUUAUACGUUAAAUGCAGUGUUCUCAUGUUCUUGUGAUAAAUACAAUUCUUAUAUUAUGCCACCUCUAUAUAUUAGACGAAUUAAAGAAGGGUAACAUAAACAUUAAUUAAGGUCGUCGCCACCAAGAGAAGAAAAUAUGAAGAAAUCAAUGAUAGUCGUAAUUUUGUGGUCAUCGAUUUUAUGCAAGGCCAUGGCCGGCUCUUCCCCACUUGAAAACCCCAAGGCCGUGGAGAAGUGGGUGGAAACCCUAAUUAAAUCCAACAAACAAGAAAAGCUGAGCAAGCUCCACUUCUACUUCCACCGAUUAGGCGGCGGCGCCUCCUCCCCCUCGGCCGUGGUAGUGGCGAAGGCGAACGCCACUAUGCCUAAUAGUUUCGGGCUGACGGUGAUAAGGGACGAUCCUCUGACGGUGGGGCCGGAGAUGUCGUCCGCCCAUAUCGGUUACGCGCAGGGAAUGUCGGCGACGGUGUCGUUGGAGGAAGUGGUUCUGGUGGACUACUUCACCCUCUCCUUCGGCGACGGCAGCAGCCUCGCCGUCGUCGGCAGCAACGCCAUCUUUCACGAGUACCGCGAGCUGCCCAUCGUCGGCGGCACCGGCGCGUUCCGGCUGGCGCGUGGGGUUGUCACCUUUCAGACCUACUUCUUCAACGCUACCACCAGGGAUGCUUCCAUUCAGGCAGACGCCGUCGUUUUCCAUUAUUAACUUCAUUUGUGUUGUGUGUGUCUCAAUUCUAAGGGAAAACUUUUUACCUGUGUUGUGUGUGCUGUUUCCUUCGUUUCUUUCCUCAUCAAUUCAAAGCGCGCUCGUAUUUUUAUUUAUGUUAAUAUUUGUUUAUUAUUAUCGAGAGUAAUAUGAAUUUGAUUAGUUUGUCUCA